AUGGCCAAGCUUUCCUUUUUCCAUUUAUUCCUAUUUGUUUUCCUUGUUUUUGUUGUUGCAGUUAUGGUGCCUGAAGCCCAUGCACAAUGUAGCACAGUAUUGAAUCCCAAUAGCUGUGUCCUUUACGACUGUGGGAAGCAUUGCUUUGAGCAAUAUAAAGGCAUUGGACGAUGCUUACAGAAAACAGAUGAAGAUGCUGACGAAAUUGGCCAACUUGAGCAACAAUCUGCAAGUAUGAAUAUUUGCAGUGCUGAAUCUGCUACCAACAUUGAGUAG